AUGCGGCGCGGUAAACUCAGUGUUACAGACGAUGAUUUGGAAGAGCUCCGAGGGUGCUUUGAGUUGGGAUUUAACUUUGACUCGUCCGAUUUGGAUCCGAAAUUGUCAUCUGCUUUUCCAGCUUUAGGGUUUUACCAUGCUGUAAAUCGGCAGUACAGCAAUAGUUUGUCCCGGUCUUCUUCUUCGUCGUUUUCUGAUUGCGAUUCCGUGUCAUCUGUUGGAAGCCAUAGCUCUAUUAUUGAUCCUGAUGACGAUCCCGCGAUUGUGAAGACGAGAUUGAAGCAGUGGGCACAAAUUGUAGCUUGUUCGGUACGCCAAUCUUCACCGAGCUAA